UAUAAUUUCAGGAUGUGAGAUUCGGCAUGAAUCAUCACUAUGGGGGAUUCAUUCUUCUUGGUGGUUGCAGUCUCGACCUUUGCCCUUGGUGUAAUUUUGUUCCUUGUAUCAAUAUCAAGUACCUCAUGGCAAGGCUUAGAAGAAGCUGCCACUAUAUCCCUGUGGAAAAUCUGCUACAAAAUGCACGUGGCAAAGACUUGGGCGUGUAACCCUUGGCAAGAGGUGCCCGACUUUGUAAGGUCAUCACAAGCCUUCGUCAUCCUCUGCCUCAUGUGCUAUGUCGUCUGCAGCAUCAUUCUCACAGCCGCAUUCGUCUUACGGUGUCUUCAUAGAUCCCGACUCGCGCUAAUAGUCCUAUCCCUGCUCACCUUUACUUCCGCUUGCAUGAUCGCAAUGACCGUGGUGGUGAUGGGAAUGAAAGGGCGAGAUUACCUGCUGGCAAUGAAGGAAGACGAAGAGAAGAUUUACCGCUCUUUCCUCAACGGAAUAAUUAUCAAUGGCUACUAUCAAAUCGGCUGGGCAAUCAUUCUUGCUAUUGUUGCUUCAUUGAUCAACUACAUCAGUUUUGCAUUCUUCUUAUUGGAAUACAAGGACAUGACAGAUUUGCCGCGACCAACGAAAGUGUAGGAUAAAUUAAACAUAUCACUGCGACGCCAUUGACUUAGAUCUCUAAGAAUAGAAUUCGAUAUUAUAUAUUGCGCGCUGUUCUUGAUAUACUACCAAUAAUGCGUACUCUCUUUUUAUGUCCCGCAGUCUAUACUGGGGGAAAUAUUGUUUUUGCCCUGUCUGUUUGUUGGUUUGUUUGCGUCAAACUUUAACAUUGGCCAUAACUUUUGCAAUUUGAAGAUAUCAACUUGAUAUUUGGCAUGCAUUUGUAUCUCAUGAAGCUGCACAUUUUUAGUGGUGAAAGGUCAAGGUCAAGAACAUUCUUCAAUGUCAAAGGUCAAAUAUAUGGGGGGGGGAAUAGUGUUUCACAAACACAUUUUGUUGUUGUUGAUAUUAAAUUAAGCUGUCCGUGUGUUUCAUAAUAAACAAGAGAUGUGUUUGUCAGAAACACAAUGUCCCCUAUUGCGCCGCUUUGAAGCCAUAUAUUUGACCUUGAAGGAUGACCUUGACCUUUCACCACUCAAAAUGUGCAGCUCCAUGAGAUACACAUGCAUGCCAAAUAUCAAGAUGCUAUCAUUAAUAAUGCAAAAGUUAUUGCAAAACUUUAACCAAGGUUAAAGUUUUGGGACACGCACAAUGAAUGAAUGACAGACAGACAGGCCAAAAACAAUAUACCUCCGAUUUUUCGAUCCGGGGGCAUAAAAAUGAACACUGAUUCGUUAUAAGAUUAAAAAAACAAUGAAUAUAGUGUUACGACAAUGUUAUAUGAAUUUUCAAGGAUUUGCAAGAAUCUUAAAAAUACCAUUGUAUAAAUACAAAUCAUUCCACCCGUUUUCAUAAAUUGAUUUUGCAAAUAGCACGCGAUAUUUAAAUAACAGUGUGAGUAGAACAGGGAAGGUUUAAUGGAAACAAGUAACUCACAUUUAACGUAACAUGGAGUGAAUUUGAAUACAGUUAUACGGUAUCCUAGUAAACCCAAGUGCGAAUCCUCAAACAAUACUGUGUAGAAAAAGAGGACUGCUUUUUAUAAUAUUUCAUCUAUCAUUACAAUUUAUAAACAUCAUAAAUAAAGCACAGAAGAAAAAUCUAAAACUGUCGGAUAUGUCUAACAAAAUUUAUUGAACCUAUUGCUCACAUGUAACCAUGUUUUCAAAUACAACUGCAAACUAAUACUAAUUGUUGCCGAAUAUGCAUUGCUAUCAGUUUCUAUUGCCCUCUGUGCUCACCUAUACAAUUAUCCACAGGCGAGCACUUGCCAUGCUGGUGCCACAUGUUGGUUUCGUAUUUCAUGGUCAAUACAUUUAGUCAGGUGUGUUUAUUUUUGAAAACGAACAACGCGGUUGAUUGUAUUUCACAAGCGUGUGUAAUUAAGUUGUGCAUAGAUUUUCAUUGUGUCGCGCUUGACUAAACAAAUUGAUGCGUACUUCAAAAUGUUUUCUAAUAAUAGCCAUAAUAUAUAAGAUGCAUUUUAAGUCAGAGUUAAAUGUCUCCGUUAAGAUAGGUUUCUUUAUCGGGAUUCUAAGUUUCUACAUCAUGCAUAUUAUAUAUUUAAAUAUGCUAUACCUCCGAUCUUAUUUGAUUAAAUACUUUAAGCAUUUGAGGCACAGCGCUUACUCUACAUGCUAGAAUACUAAAUACCGUUUGCAAUAUUUCGUAGCAUUUUGUUGUUGAAAUGUGUACUGAUCAAGUAUAUACUAAUGUUCUGUUUAUUUAUUUCUUCACAAUACAUAAGGGCAUGCCAUUUAUCAACGUCAGCAAGCCACGUGUCUCAACAAAUCAUGUUUAGGAUAUCUUUCAAAAACAACAAGCGUUGCUUUUAUUUAUCUCUGAUAUCAAAGUGCCAACAGUAUAUCGAAAUAUCUAUUUGACCGGCGAGGUCUAAGAAGUUAAACUGUUAAUGAAAGCAUUUGACUUGUGAUAACCAUCCUACUGAUUUUUUUUUAAAAAGCUUAUGUUCAGAAACAAUUUGACUUUGAGGAGAGUGAUUUCAUUUUUAAAGGUGUCAAAUCAACAAGUUUAUCUUCUCACAGGAGAAAAACGUUUCAACAACUAUACUAUGCUCUUCAUUGACAUUAGCAAUUACACUUUCUAAGAUAUUACAUAGAUAAAUGUGACACAUAUAUCGUACGACUAAAGAGGAUUAGUUGCGAUAUAUAAUA